CUGGGGCCCGCGGCCACUGGCUGCCGCUGCUGCUCCUUCUCUCCUGGCUAGCGGCAGCCUGAGAGCCACUCGCGUCGCCUCCUGGGCUCCUUCCAGUUUCCCUGGGCCCGGCGGAGCCUCGCAUGUGGUCAGUGCGCCGAGCUGAGCUCUUCCCCGCGCGCCGUGCCCAGCUCCAGCUCCAGCUUCAGCUCCAGCUCCCGCUCCCGCCCGUGCACGGCCGCCCGAGGAGGUGGACCGGGGGCAAUCGGUGCUUUGUCCCGGGGGCCGGUCCGGACCGAGGGAGCCAUGCCCCGGCGGAGUAUCGUGGAGGUGAAAGUCCUGGACGUGCAGAAGCGGCGAGUGCCCAACAAGCAUUAUGUUUAUAUCAUCAAAGUUACUUGGUCCAGCGGUUCCACUGAAGCCAUCUAUCGACGGUACAGCAAAUUCUUUGACCUACAGAUGCAAAUGUUGGACAAAUUUCCUAUGGAAGGAGGUCAGAAGGACCCAAAGCAGAGGAUUAUUCCCUUUCUGCCAGGCAAAAUUCUCUUCAGACGAAGCCACAUCAGGGAUGUAGCUGUCAAACGCCUGAUUCCCAUUGAUGAAUACUGUAAGGCCCUGAUCCGAUUGCCACCCUACAUUUCUCAGUGUGAUGAAGUACUUCAGUUCUUUGAGACCAGACCUGAAGAUCUGAAUCCCCCCAAAGAGGAACAUAUUGGGAAGAAGAAAUCGGGGGGAGACUUGGCCUCAGUAGAUCCAAUGGUCCUGGAGCAAUAUGUGGUGGUGGCAGAUUACCAGAAGCAGGAAAGUUCAGAGAUCAGCUUGUGUGUGGGCCAGGUAGUGGACAUCAUUGAGAAGAAUGAAUCAGGUUGGUGGUUUGUAAGCACUGCUGAUGAGCAGGGCUGGGUCCCUGCAACUUGUCUGGAAGGUCAGGACGGUGGCCAGGAUGAAUUUUCUCUGCAACCUGAAGAAGUCUCUUGGAGAUACUGGUCUUUGCCCCGGCACGUGGGUCGCCGUCGGACACUUGGGGACUUGUACACCACUGGAUGGGGUCAAGAGGAGAAAUACACCGUCAUUUACCCAUAUACUGCUCGAGACCAGGAUGAAAUUAACUUGGAGAGAGGGGUGGUGGAAGUUAUCCAGAAAAACCUAGAGGGCUGGUGGAAGAUCAGGUUUCAGGGUAAAGAGGGCUGGGCCCCUGCCUCCUACCUGAAGAAAGGCGGUGGAGAGCUGUUUGCUCAGAAGCUAAGCUCUGGGUCACCAGUACAUUCAUGCACUGUCGAUGUGGAUGGUAUUUCCCGGCAGCAGAACUCAGCAGGCAGAGAGAAGGAUGUACUCAACAACCAGAGAGAUGGGAGGUUUGAUAACCGCACGGGCCUAGAUGGCGACAUUAAGCAAAGAUCUCCAAAGAUGAGGCAGAGACCCCCUCCUCGACGAGACAUGACCAUCCCUCGAGGUUUGAACCUGCCAAAACCCCCUAUCCCACCCCAAGUGGAAGAGGAAUAUUACACCAUUGCUGAGUUUCAGACAACUAUUCCUGAUGGAAUCAGUUUCCAGGCAGGACUGAAAGUUGAGGUGAUUGAGAAAAACUUAAGUGGCUGGUGGUACAUCCAAAUUGAUGAUAAGGAAGGCUGGGCCCCAGCAACAUUCAUUGACAAGUACAAGAAAACCAGCAAUGCCUCAAGACCCAACUUCUUAGCUCCGCUGCCUAAUGAAAUGACACAGCUUCGCCUAGGGGAGGCUGUGGUGGAAAAUCACAGCGGCCAUGAAGCAACUGGUCCUUCUCGGCCUUUGCCUGAAGCACCACACAAUGGCAUAGACUGUAGCAUACCUUGGUCCAAAGAAUGGAAGGGUAAGGAGGGCCAUCGAAAUGUCUCUUUAGAUAUGGCUGCAUCUGCUGGGUAUGAGGAAAUCUCUGACCCAGAUAUGGAGGAGAAGCCCAGCCUCCCACCACGGAAGGAGUCCAUCAUCAAAUCAGAAGGGGAGCUGCAAGAGAGAGAGCGGCAAAGGAUGGAGCAGCUCAGAGGGUCCCCCAAACCUCCCGGGAUGAUGUUGCCCAUGAUUCCACCGAAACACGUGCCCCAACUAAGGGACAGCAAGAAAGCAGAGCUGAGAUCAGAUAAGGGCAAGUUGUUCCAGCAGAAAAAUGAGAUGGGGCUGGAGUGUGGGCACAAAGUGCUGGCCAAGGAAGUAAAGAAGCCAAACCUCCGUCCUAUCAUCAAACCCAAAGCUGAGCAGCCUGAGGAUAAACCUGAGUCUUUUACCCAGAACCCCUUCUUGAAAUCUAAACCUCAGGUUAGACCAAAACCAGCUUCUUCCCACAGGACAGAGCCUCCUCAAGCUGAGGACAGACUGGACAUCUGCAACCUCAGGAGCAAACUCCGACCUGCUAAGUCUCAGGAGAAGUCAUCAGAAGAGGAGAGUCACCACCCAAGUGGAACCCAUGAUGUCUCCUUCAGCAACAGUUUGCUCUCAGGGGAGGCUUCCAGCAGGCCUCCAGAGCGAGCUAUGGUAGACACCAAGCUCACACCUAAACAGGACAGUCUCAUGGCAAAGGAUAUUUCCUCUAAAGUCCCCCCAAGGCCAGCAAAGACGACUGAUCCUGUGCCUAAGAGUAGCCCCACCCCUCCCAAAGAGUCACCACAGCAGAGACCAGUAGUACCUCCUCGGAGGCCACCACCGCCCAAGAAAACCUCCUCCUCUUCCAGGCCCCUUCCUGAGACCAAAGUGCCGCAUCGAGAGGCGAAUGAAGUCAAGGCUGCUCCAGCUCUUGGCCGACCCAUGCUUGUCCCUCCAAAGGCCAAACCUUUCCUGCCUGGUCCAGGCAGCCAAGAAGAGGUCAAAGUAAAAAGUGGGCUUGGGCCAAAAGCAGCAGCCAAGCUAGGAGAAGCAAGGGAGAAGCCAGCUGCUGUACCUUUCCCCACUGCGGAAGUCCCCAAAGAUACAUUAUAUGUGGCUCUGGCCAACUUUGAAGGGGAUGAGGAGACCAGUGGCUUCCAGGAGGGGACUGUGUUUGAAGUACGUGAAAAGAAUAGCAGUGGCUGGUGGUUCUGUCAGGUCCUAAGUGGAGCGCCUUCUUGGGAAGGCUGGAUUCCUUCCAACUAUCUAAGAAAGAAGCCAUAGUUCCCACUGUCCUUGUAGGAUCCAUCCUGCCAAGAUCUCCAUUGGUUUCACCUGGGUAUUUAAUUAGCUUCUUAACUUAUCAUUUUCUACAAGGCUUUAAAAGGAAAGGAUUCCAUAGUGCAUUGGACUUUCUCUUGACUCCUGAGCAGUAAUGAUCACGGAGAGUGCAUCCCCCAGCCUCAAUGCAAUUCAAUUCGGUUCCUUGGCAGUUGUCCCUCUUGUAGGAGAUUCAGUCCAUCCUCAGUGGUAGUCUCCAGGCCAAAUGGCCAACUCUGAUCCUAUUCCUCAGUAUUUUCAUCUGUGAUAUGAGAGGGUUGGAUGAGACCAAGGUCCCUUCUGUGUUUUCAAUUAACCAUAGAAAUUACUGCUUGAAGUGGGGGCAAUGGGUUCCCGUUGGAUCACGAGCAGCCAUUCAUCCGCUUGCUCUCACAUAGCAUCCAAGAACCAGGAGCAACCCUUUCCGCAGAUUAUGCUGGUAUCCAGAAUGUAACUAGCAAAGGCACUGAGAUACCAGAUCCCACAGCAGACCUCUGAGCACCAAAAAGUUAAUCAGCCUUGGUCAGACACGAAGCCAGGCCCAGUGUCUUGCUAUAUGAUAGGAUAGGCCUUGCUAUAUGAUUCCCCUUUUGCAUGACCCAAGUUCACCUUCUCCAUUUAGCCUUUCCUAAAAGCCACUCGUUCCCAUUUUUGUUGUUUGCAGAAAUACCUGCUGCCACAAAGGGCCUGUGUGCUUUUUCUAAUGUUAACAGGUCUUUCCUUCAUUAAGGUUAUGGUCAUAUUUGACUUGGUGAGGAACAAUCUUUACUCACAUGCCAUGGAAGUAGAAGAGGACAAGGACAGAGGUCCGCUAAACCUGCCCUUUUUUUUGUUUGUUUUUGAUUUUGCACUCUUAAGAAAGCUUUAUGUCCUAGAAGGGUGAUUCCUACCCUAAGGCAGCACAGCAUUCAGUAUAUGCUUUGUUCAUCACUUUAUCCCAGGGUUACCUAGAGCUGGUAUCAGCCACAUUUUUCUCUCAGUAUGGUGCUGUUCAGAUAUGGGAACCUGUCCUUCAUGGGCAGCCCAACUCUAAUUGGGGAAUAGAGGAAGGAAGGCCCAAAAUAGGAAUUGACAGCUAGCUGAUGCAAGCUAGGACAAUGGAGCCAUUUGGCUCCCAAAAGCUGUGAGAAAGGGGUUCUAAAUGUUCCUGCUUCUACACUGAUUACAAAGCCUUCCUCUCCCCCCAACCCCAUCACUUUCUCUACUUACCACUCCUUUUUCCUGAAUGCUUCUCUCAGUAUCUCAUCCUGAUUAUUCUUUAGGAUUCCAGGAGGAAUACUUGUGUGUUAAGUCUACAGCAACUCAUUUUUUAGAUAGGAAGAAAUGACCAUGGUUUAGUGACGUAGCUGCUAGAAUCCCAUGAUGUUGGUGAGGUAAGAGGCAGGGCUCCAAUGACUACUGCAGCAGUUGGUGGGAGUGGGGGUGGGGAGAAAAGAGAAAAGACCCCUGAAUGACUAGCCUCUUGAAUCCCCAGCUCAGAGCCCAGUCUUUAAUCAAUAAGAUCUUAUGAAGCGCCUACUUUGUGCCAUGCAUUAUGUUAGGGGCCCUGCCCUCAAGAAGCUGACAUACUGUUGGGAAGUCAACAUGUACAAAGGAAAAUAUAUACUAAAUACAAGAUAAUUAGAGGGCUGUAGUGGUACUGCUAGUGGCUGAGGAUAUCAGAAAAGACUUCCUGUAAGAGGUGACAAUGAGCUGAACUUUGAAGGCAAGGAGAAAGGAUGCUAGGAGGUGGAGGUGGGUGAGAGUUGCCAUUAUUCAGCUCCAAUUGGACUGAUUCCCACUAACGCUCUGCUUCUCUCAGUACCCCACAUCUGUAAAACAUCUGCGUUUCCCAGUGUUUUUGCAUCUGUUAUCUCACUUGGCCCUCACAGCCUUGUGAGUCAAGUUGGGCAACACUUAUUUACCCCACUUGACAGAUGAAUCACAGAGUCACAUUUUGUUAAUGUCACCCAGCCAAUUUGUGAGAUAACCAAGAUGAGAACCCAGCCAUCGUAAAUGGUAGUCCAGAGACCAGACUGUCAGCCUAAAAGAAACCAGGACUAGGCAGCAUGAUUUUGGGGAAGAGCGGUAGGUUUGGAAUCAGACAACCUGGGUCUGAAUUCCAGCUCCACCAGUUAAAACCUGCGUGACCUUGGGAAGUCAUUUAGCAUCUAUGAGCCUCAGUUUCCUCAACUGUAAAAAUGAAGGGGUUGGACUAAAUGAACUUUAAGGUACCUUCUGACUUUAAAUUUGUGAUCCCAUGAUCUCCUGUGGAAGAAACAAAGGGGGCUAGGGCUUCAGGUGACAGGUGAUACAUUUGAAAGCAGGAAUGUACUUUUCUUCCUGUAGCUCGUUUCUAGGAACAAGCCAGCUCUAGACUACCCCUUCACUGCAUUAAUGUCCAUUUUCUUGGGAAGACAACUCCCCAUACACAUCCUUAAUACUUCUGGGAUGUGUUGCUUUAUUAAAGAAGUGGCCAUUGAAAACCCUUGGAUAGGAAAAAAGACUUGAAUCCACAUUUUCCCUGGAUUCCACAGUGCAUGUUAAUGUCAUGUCCUUCAUUCAUCCCUUCCUCUAAGGGAAGGGUAGCCCUGGGGAACCUACCACCUGGUGCCCCGGGACUGAUAGACUUGAGUGUUUCUCCUGUUCCUGACUGGCCCCCUCUAGCACUGUCCUCAGAAACCACUUGGAAAGAUGAGCCGAGGAUAAAGAACUGCAGCGACUCUGAGAGUAACCUUUGCAAGUCUGAGCACUCAGAUCCCCUCGGUCAUUCCUAGACCCUAGUUAUCAGAGAAAGCAGCUACCUUAAGUUUGAUCGGUGUUGAGCUAAUUUUUGACAAACGUUCCUUUUGCUAGCUUACCUGAUGCUUUCCUGAAUUUGGCUUCAUUUUGGAAAGGAAAACCAUAUAUUUUGUUACAGUCUUGCUUCCUAGUUUCAUUCAUCCAUUCACCUAAAAUUUACUGAGUGCUUAUUAUAUGCAAGGCAGCAUGCUAAGCACUAUGGCAGAGGCAUAUGUGAAUAUAACCCAGAUCCUUGGCCUUAAGGAUCUUUGAGGUUUCUACCAACCUAAGGUGAUCUGACUUCCUGUCAGAGUCAUUCUGCAGCUGGUGUCUAUCCAAAGGCAACGGCACCACCUCGCUCUUCACCUGUGUUCUAGGGAUUUUAUUGCAAAUUAAAGUCAUUGAAUUAUGUGGUGAUCCUCUAACUGGUGUCAGCUACAUCAGAAGCCACAGAUCCUGACUUUCUGCAGCAGCCUUUCAGUUUGAAGCUAUGGCCCAGGUCGUAAUUUCUCUUUUCUCUUGUGUUUCACUAAUGGAUACUUGCCCAACCGCGUGGCGAUGGAGUUGGUCAGUGUGAUCUGAUGGUCUUUUCCAUUCUUGCUUGGUGACGUAUUUACAUAAUCCACUGGGAUUAUCGCAAUAAUGUCAAGGAUCUGUGAUUUAGGUUGGCAUGGAUACCCUUGCACUAACACUGAUUGUGACACCUCUCUGCCUUGGAAGAUGUUCUUCAUGAGCUGCCAUGAAAAAUCCACCAUGCUUCAGUCUCCUGGGUGAUGAGCCUCUUGUAACAUAGCAAAACCAGUCUUUGGAUCAAAGACAUUCAUUCGGUCGGCAAGCCUCUUUGUGACUAACACUGCAGAAAAUGGUCAGCAGUUGACUCAAAAAUGCAGCCUUCGGUCUAUUGUGAAAGUAGAUUCUGAAGGGCUAUCAGCAAUGUUUUUAUGAAAUCUUUUUUUAAAAUCAAAUGAACAUUCAUUUAAUCAUAAAGACUAUACGUUCCCCACACCACCCCAAACAGGUCAAAGACAGGUUAGCUUCUUGCAUAACCUGAUAUCCUGUUCUGCACCAAAAUUCCAUGCUAAAUGCCAACUCAAGAGGCACAGGAAUGUGAUUGUUUACCACACUAUGUCAAACGCUUAAUCUCAAAUCUGCUGUACUAAAACUGCUUGGGGUGAAUCUGCAUCAUAGAACAACCAGUUUCUCUUUUAGCCUCAAUCCUAAUACCUCUUUGAUAAGAAUAUUUGCUGCAUUAAGUUGUAUUCCCAAGCAAUGUUGUACAGGGGAAAAUGCACUGGACUUGCAAUCCAAUACCUGAAUUCAAAUUACAGCCUUCUCACUUACUACCUGUGUGACCUUGUGCAGCUCACUUAACUUCUCUGUAAAAAGAGGAUAUUGGAAUAGAUGUCCCCCCCAGGUUCCUUCCAGCUGCAAAUCCAUGAUUCUGUCAUCCUGUACCACCUGCUUUAAAGAAAGUCAGACCUCUGUCCUUGAAUGAGGUAUUUCUUUUCAUGUUAGGGCACUGGGGAAUACUAGAAGUCCAUUGGGCUCCACAUCCAGCAGUAAGAAAUACUCAACUGGAUCAGCCCCAGUAGAGACUCUGCCCAUUUGCCUCAUGUAAUUUUCAAAGUGGAGCUCUUAGAUUGAAAAUAUUCUUGGGUGUGCGGGGCACACACAGCCCACGUAGAAUUCUCUUGCCAAGUAAAGCUCUGAAGAGCAAACUCUCCACCAAAAAACCAAUGAAAGAUGGAAAACCAAUUGCCAUGAAGUUUAGUUUGAAAAGGCCGUGCCACGGAUCACAUGGGCAUGGUAGUGGCAGUCGUGGCUCCUAGCCAGUGUGCCGCUGUGUGGUGGUCAGUGAGUGUCCUGUUCCCCACAGAAGUAGAAGGCACAGUGCCUGCCUUUCAGUAGCUUACAUCGAGAUGUGGUCAGGACCACAUAGGAAAUAUGCAAUUCGUGGCAUGGCUGCUAUUCCCUCAGUCUAAUUUUGCUUUGUUUUUCUUUCCUUACUACUGCUGCUAUGACUAAUUGAUAUUGAGGCCCACUGAAUCACAGUAGGGUCUUUGUUCUUUUGACUGUUAAGUCGGAUACCAAACAAGAGUUUUAACCUGCAGCCUUUCCCCUGGAUUCCUUAGAUCUAGUUUCCCAAGUCCACCUCUUCUAGACAUACAUGCUGCAAUCAGUCAGUAAUACCAGAGACCAAAGAUUGCCUGUUACCAGACCCCCAAAGUCUGAUUUGGUAAGAAAAGGAUGAGUCAUAGAAAUUGCAAUGGCCACAUUGGCAUCAUUGAUAUAGUGUUGGUGCCAUGACAGCUGCUCCAUCCUUUGACUUGGCAGAGCUAUUCUUAGACCUUCCCCUUACUCCCACCCCUAAUUCUCCACCUCUGGCAGCCAGUAUCAGGAGUACUGGUGUCUGAGGACACCCCCAGCAAUACCUGCUACUCCCAGACCAGUCCUGUUGAAUCUGUGGCCCAGACUGGGUGGAUCCAUGAUCCGUACCUAAACCAGGAGCCAUCAACUGCUACUUUGUGCCAUCAGUAUUUUUCAAAUCUAACUAACUGCAUAGGAUUUCACUUUUUCAGCGGGGCAAGUUAAUUUUAAAUAGUUCUCUGCUGACUUCCUUUGCUCCAAGGCCCCUCAUGUGGCCCUGUGUCUUGUUAAAACAUUCCAUGUGCCAUCCUGUUUCUGACCCUUCAAUUCCAAAUUAAGCAUCCUUAACCCCAAACAGGAGUAAGAGGCUAGAUAGAACCUCUGUCAUCCUAAGGAAGGUUUUUCAAAGGCCUUUCCUUAGUGACGCAAAAGAGCAAUAGUUGUUACUUUCUUGGAGGAAAAAAAGGGGACGAUUUAUUAUGUUGAUUACCAGCAAUAAGAACAGGGCCCCCUCCUAUAACCUAGAUCAGGAACAUUAGUAUAUCCAAUCUCAUUUCUCAUAACCCUUAGGGAAUGAGUCCUGCAUGGACCGAAUCCAAACACUUUGUGUGUUCCAUAGAAUAAAGCUGAAGAAUCUUGGCUAUUUCAGUACUUCUCUUACUCGACAAACAAAUUCUCUGACGGUUAUUUUUGUUUGUUUCCUUAUAACACAUAAACUUAUAUAAGUAUAUAUGUGAGGGGGAAAGGGGAUCAGAACAUUAACUGUAGCAUGUGUAGGCUGUAUACUUCACCGUUAGACUUUUUUUUUCUUUCUUUUUUUUUAAAUAAAACAAAAUGCUUGACUGGUUUCAAGCUUCAUUGUGAA